CAGGCACUGGAUUUGGAGACCCUCAUUUAGCCAGCGCUGACGGCAUUGAGUUCACUUUCAACGGGUUCGGCGAGUACGUCCUUCUGCGCAGUCGCAGCAGCGCCCCCUACCGAUUUGAACUGCAGGGACGCACCUCCCAACCGUCGACCCGGAACGAAAACGUCAAGGCUACGAUUUUUACUGCCUUUGCCUUCCGACAACCGAACGACAAAGUCGAGGUGUUCCUGACCGAGGAUUCCAGUAGAUUCCGGGUCCGAGUGAACGGCCAAGAGGUGCCGGUCUCAGCUAUCGUUAACGGCAGCAGGAGCACGUUCAGCGAUGGCAGGUUCUUUCCAAGAUACGCUAAUGGCAACGGCCAAACAAACCAAACGAACCCAAGCGGCCUCCUGGUGUCCUUCCCGUCCGGAGCAUCCAUCGUCAUCACCCUCUCCAACAACAUCCUCACCUACAUCGUGGGCGUGGCACUGGACAUGCAGGGGCAGCUCGAGGGAAUGCUCGGUAAUUUUGACGGACGUUACCAGGAUGAUUUUGUCUACCCCAACGGAACGGAUGUGCCAUUGGCAGACCCCAGGAAUCCGAAAGAAGAGGAGCUGUUCAGUUUUGGAAACACAUGGUCUCUGCGAGCAUUGAGCACCUUUGACGGCACAACCGUCAGCGACAUGAGCCUGUUCACCUACUACCCAGAAGGCACCACGGCAAUGACGUACGGUGACGACUCGUACCAACCGACGUUUUUUGGGGACGACCUGACGGCGCUGUUCGGCGACGCCGCGCUGCUGCAGCAGGCUGUGGCCGUGUGUGGAGGCACAACGGCUAAGGAAUGUCUGUACGACAUUGCCGUGACGGGGGAUCUUUCUGUUGGGAACGACACGAUGUCUCAUGAGAAAACCUUCCAGGAGGGCUGUGCCAUACUCAUGAACAGUCCUCCUCAGUUCGAGUCUCCCCAAGAAAUCGUCGCGUAUGUCAAUCAAGAAUACAACGUCACUCUCAACGCCACGGACGACAGGGACAAAAUGGUGACGUUUUCGUUGUCCGGCAACGGUACGAUGACGUCAUCAGGUAACUUCACGGCGACUUACAGUUGGCUCCCGACCUCUGCUGAGAAGGCUUUCGUGGAGUUCAUCGUCACUGACACUGCCGGGGCUGCAUCGUGUAGCACACCGAAGAUAACGAUCUGUGGCUGUCAGAACAACGGCACGUGCGCGUUUGACCGGAUCGUCAGCAGAGAGAACGGUUUCGCGGUGUCGCCCUGCACCUGUGUACCGGGGUUUGAUGGCGAUCUGUGCGAGCAGGACGCUAACGGGUGCGCAGACAACCCCUGCUUCCAGGGGGUGACAUGCACGGAUGUAAAAGGAGCAAUAAACGAAACAGCUGGUGAGAAGGGGUACAAAUGUGGGCCCUGCCCGGCCGAUACAACAGGGGAUGGCGAGACCUGUGAAGACGUGGAUGAGUGUAUGUUGGCCGUUGGGGAUCCCCGUCGGCACACGUGUGUAAAUGCCAACUGCAUCAACACCCCGGGCAGCUACACCUGUGUAUGUAAGGAGGGAUACCACAAGGAUGGCGAGGACAAAGUGUGCUAUGACAUAGAUGAAUGUCGAAGUGACAGCACCAACGACUGUGACUGGGUGUUCGGGUAUUGUAACAACACGGACGGUGGGUAUGAGUGCCUGUGUGACACUGGUUACAUCAGCUACGACGGCGGAUUCACAUGUGAAGAUUUCAAUGAAUGUUUGGUCGAUAAUGGUGGCUGUGAGCGCAUCUGCAAAAACUACCAGGGCGGCUACGAGUGCGACUGUGGGGUGGCGUACUUUCUUCAGGCAGACGAACGAACUUGUACAGAACUUGAUGAGUGUGCAACUAACAACAAGUGUGAGUACUUCUGCGAUGACUUCGUGGGUCACUACGAGUGCCACUGCCCGGAUCUGUUUGCUCUUGAUGACAACGGCAGAACCUGUAGCCCAUACGUCAACUGCAGCUCUAACCACACGUGUCACCCUGCACCCAUCGGGGAAUGCGCACAGAACUGGACCACUGGUGAAGACACGUGUGUUUGCGUUCAGGGCUACCAGGUACAACCGGACAACUCCUGCCAAGAUAUCGAUGAAUGCACGAACGGAGAGGCUAAGUGUGACGAGAACGCCAUCAGGUGUGACAACAUCCCUGGGGACUACAAGUGUGUCUGCAAGGCCGGGUAUGAGCACUCCGUCAGCCAUGACCUCGGCAAAUGUCACAACAUAAACGAGUGCAAUGACAACUACGGGAACUGCUCCCAUGAGUGUAGGGACACGAUCGGCUCCUUCUACUGCGAGUGCCCCCCAGGCUGGAGACUUGGCAGCGACCAGAGGACGUGCGAAGACAUAGACGAGUGUUCGUCUGAUACGCUGAACGACUGUAGUUACAACGCAGUGUGUAACAACACCGUUGGAGGGUUCAUGUGCCACUGUCGGGAGGGAUUCACAGGGGACGGGUCUCUCUGUGGAGACAUUGAUGAGUGUAUGCAGUUUGGUGAGCGGGGACAGGGUGGUUGUGAGGUCGGCUGUAGGAACUUUAACGGAGGUUACGUCUGCACCUGCGGCACGGGGUACCAGCUCAAAAAUGACAGCGUUUCAUGCGAAGACACUGACGAGUGUUCCAUCCCAGACACCUGUGAACAGGUGUGUAACAACACGUUAGGAUCCUACGUCUGCUCUUGUAGGGGAGACAACGUCUUACGGGAGGACGGGAGGACCUGCCGACUCAACACUAAUCUGUGCAAUUUCGGAUGUCACGAAAAGGCGAAGUACUUCGAAGAAAACUCCACGUGUGUCUGCCGGAGCGGUUACAGUGGCAACGGGACACAAUGCGAGAUAGAUGAACCCGGCGUGGUUGUGGAAGUGACUCUGGCUGACCUGGAGUACACGGAGGUGCUGGGAGACUGUACGUCUACGGCGUUCGUCAAGUUGAAAGGAGAUGUAGAAGCAGCUUUAAGCGGUCACUUCACCGGUCACCAAAACUUCACGGUUAGAGACAACUUCCUGAGUUUCAUCCUGUCGACUUUCAGCAAUGGGAGCGUCGUGGCCAACUUAACACUGGCGACCAAAACUCUCAUGUCGACUCAGGACAUCCAACAGGCCAUGGUCAAUGUCCGUGCUCUCAGCAUCGGGAACCUGAAUAUUGUUACUGGUACUGUGCUUUGCACGUUGGGCCGGGGUGGAAGUCGCUGCGAGUACCUACUGUCAGAAACAACGGCUGGCAUCGUGAUCGCCAUCUUAAUUGUAGUGACACCUCUCCUUCUGGUAGCGGCUUGCGUCCUGAGGGGUAAGAAGAUCGAGGAAGCGGCAAAACUCUACAGGGGAAACCGGUCCCACACCCACAUGUGGUGGAACAUGGCCCGUCCGAAGUUCAAGGCGAGUUUCCCGAACGUUCCGAUGCAGGGUGCCGGAUGGGUCACGCUCCGGAGGCGCCACGGGCUCGGCACCUACGUGGAGGCCUUCCCGUACGUGGACCUGGACGUCAGACGGUACUUUCCAGGCCGCAGGUACGACAUGUUGUCGAAGGGCUCGGUGAGCUCUCGGCGCAGCUCCAGCGUCUCCACGGUCUCCACGCGGACUGACGGCAGCAACUGGGUCGCCGAGUGGGACGACUACAUGAAGAUCUUCGGAGGAGAUGCAGAAUUCCGAUUUCCGAGGAACAUAGUCUGUGACAUCACCUCUUUAAUAGAGGACGACGACAACAUGUCCGUUGCAACUGACCAGUCCCGUCUGACAGGCUUUAUGGCUCUUCAAAGCGAAGGAAGCUCCCUGUCUUCAAGUGUAACAUCUCUGGAAACCCUUGAGAGUUUGGACACUUCACGUAAAAACAUGGAGCCAACAGUGACAAAAGAAGGGUGGUUGAAUUGGACGAUUGAACCGUCUUCCUCAGCCAGUGGAGCCGGUCACAAGUGGGCCAUAUGGUCCACGUCACCAUCCAACAGUCAGGAAACGCCUACCGAGGGAGCUAAAAAGUCGUCAGAUGGCGCGCAUACCAAUACGGAGUCCGGCAAAGGUUCCUCCGACAACUCAAGCCUCUUUGGGUGGACGAGGCUGCCCACAUCUGUAGCCUACAAACCCUUCCGCACAUACACCAGCGGGUCUGCUUCAUCGCGGCGGUCUAGCUUGUUUGGGUGGACUGUCACCCCUCAGGUUCCCCCAAACAUGCCAACGGGGUUCGAAGACGAACAAGGUUGGUUUGCUUGGCAAGUCGGUCAUCACGACACGGAGACGGGUACAAGUUCUCCCCACACCGCCAGUAACGAGGAGGUAGGUGCGAGUCAGGACAGUGGACAAGGGAUUGGCUCAUACCCGUACAGCUCAUCUAGUGACGGCUUUAAACCAAUAGUACCACCAACGAAGGAAAACGAGUCAAAUGAAUCAGACAUGUCGCCAGGGUCGGACGCUGUCUUGGACGACCAGUCUGAGUCAGACCAUCACACGACCAACAGUGCCGUCAAUCAAGAUGAAGGAUCCAAUCAGGACCGUAAAGAACUGGCAGAAGAAUCUCCUCCCAUCUCAAUGAGUGACGGUUUCAUACCUUUAGCUCCAAAACCACCACCAUCAUCAUCAUCAUCGUCAUCACCAUCUGGAACCGACUUCCUAGCCGCUACGGAUGAGGGAAGCAGCUCGGAUGAAUCGGGAAUCUCUCCGCGGUCGGACGCCACUGACACUGCUGGGGACUCCACAACUGACGGCUUUACACCUCUAGUACCUUUACAGAAGGAGGAAAAACGAUCUGACGAAUCAGUCAUGUCUGAUGACCGUUCAUCAGAAGACAGUGUCAGCUUGUCUGAUGACCCGUCGUCAGAAGACAGUGUCAUCAUGAUUGAACCAGAGCUUCUUACGACAGUCCUACCUCCUGCAGAGCCCAGUGGUUCUACCAGUUCUGAGAGCGAGGGUUCUCGUCAAAAGACGCGUGAAAAAUAUACCAGACUUUGAGAAAGUUAUAGAGCAAAGGGCGAGAGUAUGUUUACCCAAACUUAGACUAAAAAGUAUAAUGUUAAACCUCGCGCCAUUUCUUCAAAAGAAAUUCUACUUCGAAGUCUCUAAAUCAGGAAUAGAUGCCGUGAAUUUAAGGAGACGUUUAGCCAUUUCAUUUACCAGGUGUCGGUUGUUAGGAAGACUGAUGUCUCCAGCACUUUAAAAAACAAAACACUCGUUUUAAAGAAUUAGGGUGUGCUCCUAUGAACAAUGCAUGACAAAACAUAGUGCGUGGUGGCUUACUGGUAUAUAAAACCUAUAUUUUAUUUUCUUUCAAAACGUUCAAACUACUUUCAAAAACUUAGAUAUACUCGUCUACAAAUUCUUGCAAUUCAACAUUGCCUGAAUAUUCGAUACUGUAUGUUUGACUAUGGUAUGUGGCCUGCUGAUAUUUGUAACCUAUGAUAAAUUUACUUUCAAAAAGUUAAGAAGUUACAUGCAUUACGUAGGGACCGAAAAGGGUUUUAGGUACCUGAUGAAUAUGCAAAAGAAUAAGCAAUAACUAAAGAUGUUCAGCAAUGACAAACAACUCAAGUCAUUCUUUUACAAGAUUUUAUUUAAUUUUUUGUUGCAUGCAUCAGCCUGAUAAGUACUAUGUAAUAAAUAACGUGCAUAUUGGCUUAUGUAUCAUUGAUACUGAGCAUGAAACAGAUAUUAUAUUUAUCACAUUAAAUAGAAUGAUUUACAGAUGACGAA